GCCCCCCCUUCACUCCCCACCUCUAGCAGCGAGCGUGAGGAUUGAUCAGCAGGUCCCUGCUGAGCUGCUUGUAUGUAACACGGCAGCAUCCUCACCAUGCUCCCUGCACCUUAACACUCUCCUCUCCUCCCCAAAGCAACCUUAAACCUUUAACAAUACUGAAUUCUGUAUUUCUUUGCAUAAAAGCAGGAGAGUGUUUUUUUUUUUUGUUUUUUUUUUUACACUGGGGUGUGUUUCUGUUUUUUUGUUUCAUUCAUUGAAUCCGGUCUCCAGAGCCCUGCAUCAACACAGGACGUACAAGAAGGCAAGGUGCAGCAGACAAGAGAGAAAAGCAGCUCUUUAUUGAUGGUGAGGACCGAGGGGAUCUCAGUUGGGCGUCACAAGAACGGACAGGUUUAUCCAGCAAGAGAGGGGGGGAGAAGAAGCAAAGACAGCCAUCCCCCCCUCCCUCUCCAUCCCCAGCCCUCCUCCCCCCUUUUCUCUUGAGGAUUUUCCUUGCAUCUGGAUCCCCGUGGAAGGAGAGAGGAGAAGAUGACCACGGUUGGGAAAGAUGGUGGUGGAACGCCGCACAUGCAAUAUGUUGGGCCAUACCGGCUUGAGAAGACACUGGGAAAGGGGCAGACAGGUCUGGUGAAAUUAGGGAUCCACUGUGUUACUUGUCAAAAGGUUGCCAUCAAAAUUGUCAAUCGAGAAAAGCUGAGCGAGUCUGUUUUAAUGAAGGUAGAGCGCGAAAUUGCAAUUCUUAAACUUAUUGAACAUCCGCAUGUACUAAAGUUGCACGAUGUUUAUGAGAACAAGAAAUACCUGUACUUGGUCUUGGAGCAUGUUUCUGGAGGAGAACUGUUUGACUACCUGGUGAAGAAAGGGCGCCUUACCCCAAAGGAAGCAAGAAAAUUCUUCCGGCAGAUCAUAUCAGCACUUGAUUUCUGCCACAGUCACUCUAUCUGUCACAGAGAUCUAAAACCUGAAAACCUACUUCUGGAUGAGAAGAAUAACAUCCGAAUAGCAGAUUUUGGGAUGGCCUCUCUGCAGGUCGGAGACAGCCUGCUGGAGACCAGCUGUGGGUCUCCACACUAUGCCUGUCCGGAGGUUAUCAGGGGUGAGAAAUAUGAUGGCAGGAAGGCUGACAUCUGGAGUUGUGGCGUCAUCUUAUUCGCUUUGCUUGUGGGUGCUUUGCCAUUUGAUGAUGACAACCUGAGGCAGCUACUGGAGAAGGUCAAACGAGGGGUCUUCCAUAUGCCACAUUUUAUUCCCCCUGAUUGUCAGAAUCUUCUCUGCGGGAUGAUUGAGGUGGAUCCCUUGAAGAGACUGACGUUAGAAACCAUACAGAAGCACUCCUGGUACAUAGGGGGGAAGAAUGAGCCAGAACCAGAGCAAGCAGUUCCCCGGAAGGUACAGAUGGGGUCCUUACCAUCUUUAGAGGAUGUCGACCCAGAUGUGCUGGAGAGUAUGCAUUCCCUAGGCUGUUUUAGGGACCGGAACAAAUUGCUGCAAGACCUGUUGACUGAAGAAGAAAACCAGGAGAAGAUGAUUUAUUUCUUGUUACUGGAUCGGAAAGAGAGGUAUCCCAGCCAAGAGGAUGAAGAUCUCCCGCCCAGGGCAGAUAUUGAUCCUCCUAGGAAGCGUGUUGACUCACCCAUGUUGACUCGUCAUGGGAAGAGAAGGCCAGAGAGAAAAUCUAUGGAAGUUCUGAGUGGAACAGAUGGCGGCUCACCAGUACCAGCACGGAGGGCUAUUGAGAUGGCACAGCAUGGCCAGAGGUCGCGGUCUAUCAGUGGUGCUUCUUCAGGACUUUCCACCAGCCCGAUCAGUAGUCCCAGGCCAAUAAGGAGGUUUUUUGCCCUCUCCCAGCCCCCUACCCCACCCUCUUCUCCUCAUCCCACAAAGCCCUCUGAUUCUUCAGGGCAUAAUGAUUGCCCUCUUGCUCAUCCCAAAACCCAUACCUUCCCACCUAAGCCCAGGUCUUCAGAGAAACCACUUCAGACCACCCGGUCCAACCCACUUCCUGCCUCAAACUCCCCAACUGUCCCCCCGAGGACUCCUAAUUCUCCCGCUGGGCACAAUGCUUGCCGAACCGCAAACAAACUGCCCGGAUCUGAUCUGGCCCACAAAUCUGUACCCCUUAUACAGGUUACCCCUCAUCCGUCACCCCGUGGCAGCCCCCUCCCUACUCCCAAGGGAACACCUGUGCACACGCCUAAGGAAAGUCCAGCAGGCACCCCUUCACCAACCCCACCAUCCAGCCCAAGCAUUGGUGGGAUGCCCUGGAGAACAAGACUGAACUCUAUCAAGAAUAAUUUCCUGGGGUCACCAAGAUUCCACCGUCGCAAGCUGCAAGUUCCCACAGCUGAUGAAAUGACCAACUUGACACCGGAGUCAUCACCAGAACUUGCCAAGAAGUCAUGGUUUGGUAACUUCCUGACUUUGGAAAAGGAAGAUCAGAUCUUCGUGGUCAUUAAAGACAAGCCUUUAAGUUCAAUUAAAGCUGACAUUGUACAAGCAUUUCUCUCGAUCCCAAGCCUCAGUCACAGUGUGAUCUCACAAACAAGUUUCAGAGCAGAGUACAAAUCCACAGGAGGUCCAUCUGUCUUCCAGAAGCCAGUGAAGUUUCAAGUGGAUAUUACAUAUUCCGAAAGUGGGGAGAAGCAGAAGGACUGUGGGAUAUACUCAGUCACUUUUACUUUGCUAUCAGGUCCCAGCAGGAGGUUUAAACGGGUGGUGGAAACAAUUCAGACUCAGCUCUUGAGCUCACAUGAACAGCCGUCUGUACUGCAGCUAUCAGACACAAAUAACUGUAUGGAGUAUCUCAGUGGGAAGCUCUCAAAAUGUGACGAGAAGAAUGGUCACGCUUCUCCCGCCCCUGGGCCCCACAGCAAGCAGCGUUCGACUGAUAAUAAGGAACAGGGGCCCCUGGGAGCCAGCGGGAAGGAAAAAAGCAGGAAAACCAGCCCCGUCAUCACUCAGGAGACCCCUGUCACUGCUUCUCCUAGCAAACAGGGCACAUAACAGAGGAAUAUUCCUGCUGUGACCUCAAGAUGUCACUAAAGCCCAAUGAUACCACAGGGAGUAUGCCCUGCAAUAUACUCAGUGAACACAAGAUGGCAGUGUCACAGAGUGAUACGAUAGGAUUUUGGCCUGUAAAAUACACUCUUGUGACAUUUUUUUUUUUUUGUGCUGGUUGAACAUACCCAACAUAACCCAUUAAGGACUUUCAGAAAAACAAAAAAAACAUGGAGAACUUUUACUGUCACAGUUCAGUGGUUUACAGGUGGUAGUAGUAUUAUAGUGACAGGAAGGUGCGAUUUUCCUAUGUAUGUCUUCAGAAAACAUGUACGCUAGAAAUCUGUAGCUUUUCCAACAAUUGAGGAGCUACAGAUCUCAGCAUGAUUAUUUGUUAUGGAACAUAUUUCAGCAAUGACAUUGAUCACUGGGACUGUAUUUCCAUCGCCAUUUCAAAAUCAACAGAUAAUUGAUGAACAUACAAUGAGGUGCAAUUGUCUUGAUAAUUAUUUAUCUCACAGCCUUGGGAUGAGACCAUCACCUUGUCAAUUGCAAAUCAUUUUUUGUACCAUCAUCUCCAUUUUGGAGCCAAAUGCACAAAUAAGCUCUGAGAUUUGGGUUCUCGUUCACCCUCCAUGUCAUGCCAGAUUGUAGAUAUUACCACACUAUGAAUUAUGGAUUUAUCUUACAUAUACAUAUAUAUAUAUAUUUAUUCUGCCAUGUAAAUACAUAUAUACGUGUGUAUAUAUUCUUGCACACCCUUGUACCUGCAGUAUUAGUACUAAAGAUAGAAGUGCAUCAUUUGAUAGCCGGAAUACUGAAUGUUUAUGUAUAUAAAGCUAUAAAUAUGUAUAUAGAGAGCUCGGAGCACAAUCGUUAUUGGAUGCUGCCUGCUUGGUUCCAGCUUCCUAAACUAAUGGUUCUCCUUUCCUGUUCUAUAUGUUUGUUUGCCAUUUCACCUCUCUAAUACAUCUUCUUAUGACCUCACUUCUGUUUUUCUUCCCUUUUUUUCUUUUAUCACAUGGUUUUUUAUAUUGCCUCUUUUUAUUUGCACUCUUUCUCUCUCUUUCUCGCAUGUGUCUUCUCCCUCACUUUGCCCCCCCAGGAAUUAUCCCAAAAAGCUAACCAGCCGCCCUUCUUCUUUCCUUGUCUGCCUGGCCAGAAGAUGACCCUGACUCCACCCUGCGCCUGCCACCCAGUAUGGAGCCUGCAGCAGGGACAUCUCUCUCUCCGAGAUGGGAAAUAAAGCACACAGGAGUUGGGUUACCAUCAAAUAAUAGUACAGCUGACAAUGAUGUUGGGAGUUUACAUUGGUCCUUGCGGGACAUUGCAAGACAUAACAGUUGUUAUUAGCUUAAUGAUAACCCUACUCCUGAAAUCCUGCUUAGCUGCACCACCCAAGAAUCGUAGACCCGUACUUGAAUGCCUAGGGUUGUGUGUAGCUUCCUGGGCAGGAAAGAGUUCCAUAGAAAUAUAUUAAGGGUUUUUAAUGCUGAAUGUAUUUAAGGGGUUAAAUAUGUUUACACACAAACACACGCAUACAGCACACACACUACAGACUGCUACAUGAAGAGAGGGUUGAAAAGAGGAGCUGCGUUCUGUACUGAACCCCUAUUUAGGGCAGUGCCCUAUUAUUCGGCUCUUGGGGGGUUGGAAUGAUUUCUGAGGGAUGUACACAGGGUGGGUAGGAGGGGGUUGGCAUGUCCUGUUGCAUAAUGUGAAAUAUCGGGGCUAUUUUUAUAAGGUUUGUAAGUUCGGGGGUUGGGUGUUAAUCCUUUGUGUUUAAAUUAUUAACUGCUAACUGCAAGAUUGGCCUGUGGAUCAGUGUUGUGCACGGUGGGUAGAGACACAAGAGUGCCCAGCAGCACAAGUGCAUUGCGCCAGUGUUUACAUAUGUUCUUGCCUGUAUAUAUAGAAGCACACAGCGCUCUGCAGAGUGCCUAAAUGUCAGAGCUAAAAAAUAAUGCCCCCAAAUGUGGAUAAAGAAAGCAAAAAAUAAGGCAAAAAAAAAG